GCCCCCGGCCCGCCCCCGGCCGGCGGUGCCGCCCCCGCCGCGUCCCGUGUCCCGCGUCCCGCGUCCCGUGUCCCGUGUCCCGGCCCGGCCCGGCCCCGCUCGCCAUGGCCCCGGCGCUGCCGCUCUGCGCGCUCGCCCUGGCGCUGCUGCCCGCCGCUGUCACCGCGCAGGACGUGCCCGCAGAUUGUCACCAGUAUACAAACAGGAGCUGUGAAGAGUGCCUGAAAAAUGUCACUUGCCUGUGGUGUGCCAGCAGCAGGAGGUGCAUGGAAUACCCCGUCCGGAGGAUCCUUCCCCCGGCCGACCUGUGCGAGCUGCGCUCUGCGCGCUGGGGCGUCUGCUGGGUGAACUUUGAAGCCCUGAUCAUUGCAAUGUCUGUGGUGGGAGGAACAAUUCUGAUCAUGCUGGGGGUCUGCUGCUGCUGCUGCUGUUGUAAGAAAAAGAGCAAAAAGCCAGACAAGGAUGAUGAGAGAGCAGCCAGGGAGCGGGAGAAGAGGCGGGUGCGGCAGGAGGAGAGGAGAGCAGAGAUGAAAUCACGGCAUGAUGAAAUCCGAAGAAAAUACGGCCUGUUCAAGGAAGAGAACCCUUAUGCAAAAUUUGAGAAUUAGCAUCUUCAGACCCACCCACCCUGGUGAACAGUGCCUUCUGCAGUGCCAAAAGUCUCCAGGCUUCCCCCCACCACCGUGGUGCCACUUCAGCUGCCACAAAGGAUGAUCCAAAUGCUUGGUGACACCAUUGUCCCCCACUCCAGGUGCUUGGUUUGGCCAGAGCUUUGCUCUUGCCCUGCUGGUGCAAGAAACUGUGGUGGCAAUACUGGAGGAUGGUGCAUUUCUUCUCACUCACCCCUGGAGUGGUUGUGGUGUCCAAAGCAAUGCAUGUAACAGUCUUUGUCCCAGCCAAGGGCAAAAGCAACAUCACACAUUUCCCUCAUUCCUGCCUCACCAAGAACACUUCCUGCACACAGAGCUAGGCUCUUCUGCUCUGCCCCCCACCCCCUUCUUUUUUUUUUUAGUAUAAGUAAAAGUCAGCAAGAGUUUCCUGACAUAUGGGUCAGCAGGAAGCUUUGGCUGUCACUCCAGUGCCUGCACUUAUCCCAGCACAUUAGCAGUCCUCUCAAAGAGCACAAGUUUCUGGUGAUCUGGUGCUUCCAGGAGGAAGGUCUUAUGUGCACCUUCUCACUUGCAACUAAUCUGGGGAAAUGCCCCAACUCUCCUACCUCUCUGUGCCUUUCUAGAAAGGUGGUCUUGGUCUCAAUCGCCACAUCUGUUAGCAAUACUGUAAGUUUCAAGUGCAUUUACAAUAUCCUGACUGUAUAUUAAACUGAUUCAAUUACCA